GCUGUUCGGAGUGUUUUGAAACUCUUGUACAGUGGCAAGGAAAAACCUCUUUAUAGCCGUGGCUAGUCUCACCAUGUGUCAAAUUUACCAUGGGACUGUCAGGAAUUUCAUACUUUGCUUCCAAAACAUCUAGAGAGCAGGAGGACUGAAGAUCGGAGCUCGGUGUGUAUGUGUGUUUGUGUGUGUAGCACGGUUCCACAGACCUGGGUGCUCCCUCACUUUUACCCAGCUCUGUGUGAAAAGGACACUUCUGGGGUAUAGAAACACAUUUUGGGGUCUUUCUGGACAGGUUCUCAGUUGAAGCUACUAGGCUAAGAUGCAUGGAGGUUAUGGCUGCAUGGUAUGGUACAGUGUACAUGGAAAUACCUAAGGGAAGAAACCUGUAGAGAUUUGGAUAGGAUUAUGUUCUGGGAGACUAUAGCGGCCACCUUUCAGUUGUGGUUCUGGAUGGUGAGAAUUUUCCCUGCCAAUGCUUCUGGCCUUGCUAAAGAAGCAUUAUGUUGGGAUGGACGCACCCGGGCCACUGGUAACUUCAGCUGUGUGGGUCCCGAGCCUUAUCUGUUAACUGGUCUUGGAAACAACAUUAUUAAAAUGAACCUGGAUGGCAGAGACCAAAGAAAAAUCCUGUCUGGGGUGGGAAGGUCCAUCCUGCUGGACUUUCACUUAGGUGAGGGGACAGUGUUUUGGGCUGACAUACAUGCAGGACUUAUAAACAGAGCAGGACUGGACGGGACACACAGACAGACGCUUGUCUCAUCAGUGAAGGGAGUCACGGGGUUGGCUGUGGACUGGAUUGAAAACUCAGUGAUCUGGAGCAGUGCAGAGAAAGGAACAAUACAGAAAAUAAACACAGAUGGGAGAAAUGAAAGGACUGUCCUGCAAGACCUGUCCAAGCCAAGCUUUGUUGUAGUGGAUCCAAAUGAGAGAUAUAUUUUCUGGUUGUCAGAUGGAGUAACUCCCAGUAUCCAGCGUUCAGACACCAGAGGUGGGAUGAGUACAACUUUGCUUAAAGUUACAGACAGGCUCAAGGUGUUGGCAAUUGACUAUAGGGACAGGCGAUUAUUCUGGAUUCAGCAAGGCCUAAAAAGGCACACUGCACUGGGGUCCUGCAAUUAUGAUGGCAACAUUAUCAACGUCUUCAAUCAGCCCUUAAGAUCACAGUCUCUGAGGUUGACAGUCUUCCUGGAUGUUGUAUACCUAACAGAUUCUAAGUCAAAAAGCAUAAGACGAAUAAACAAGUAUAUAGGGGGCCCAGGAGAGAAUGUCAAUACCAAACGGAUGCUGCACCCCCCUGCUGAUGUCAAAGUGGUACAUCCUAUUAAUCAACCAGUGGUGGAAAGUCCUACUCCAGGAUGUAAUCCACAGACAGGAGAUUGUGUAAAGGUCUGUUCCCAUCACAGUGACACCGGUCUUUGCCGCUGCAGGGAUGGUUUUACUCUCAGUAAACAAGGAAACUACUGUGAAGAUAUAAAUGAAUGUGCCCUGUGGAAUCACGGCUGUUCGCUGGGGUGUGAGAACGUCCCGGGCUCCUACUUUUGCACCUGCCCUAAGGGCUACCUGCUAUUGCCUGAUAUGAAGACCUGUCAAGAAGCUAAACCAUGUGUGGAAAAUAAGACAGUUUGUGAUCAUGCAUGCGUCCAUACAAUAGAAGGAGAUGUGUGCUUGUGUCCAGAAGGAUCAAUACUAAAGGCAGAUGGGCGUUCAUGCACAGGCUGUAUGUCUGCAGAUCGUGGAGGCUGCAGUCAUAUAUGUCUUACAUUAUUUCCAGGCAGGUGGGUAUGCGAGUGUCGACCUGGAUACCAGCUACAGCCUAACGGAAAACACUGUGCUGCCACAGGACCUCCACCAUACCUGUUAUUUGCCAAUGUAAUGGAUAUAAUAAUGAUGAACGUAGAUGGCACAAAGAGCAAGAAAGUGCUGGAGGAACCAAGAGGCACAAUUAUAGCUGUGGAUUAUGAUCCAGUGCAGAAACAAGUAUAUUUUGCAGAUAAUGGGCUGAAACGUAUUGAGAGAGCUUCGAUGGAUGGUAGUUUCAGAGAGAUAUUGUUCUCCUCUGGAUUAGACUCACCUGAGGGUUUAGCUGUAGACUGGGUCAAUCGUAAACUAUACUGGACUGAUAGAGGAUUAUCUUCUAUUUCCCGCAGCGGUUUAAAUGGGCUUGACAGGGAAAUCUUUAUAGAUAAAGACAUCCAGAAACCCAGAGGCAUUGCGCUUCAUCCACAGGCACAGAAGGUGUACUGGACAGAUAUGGGAAAUCGUCCUGCAGUGGAACGGUCAGAUCUGAACAGAGAGAUGCGUGAGGUGGUUGUCAGCACUGGACUGGUGUCUCCCAGUGGAUUAUCUGUGGACCACGGCUCCCAGCGUCUCUUUUGGUGUGACCUGAAUAGUGGUUUGAUCGAGUCAGCCAACCUGGACGGUUCUGAUCGCCAUGUGCUAAGUGAGAACCAAGUAGGUCAUCCGUUUGAUGUUGCGGUGUUUGAGAACUUUCUCUGGGUCAGUGACCAGGAAGACCACCAGCUCUACCGCCUGGACAUGACAACUGGAGACAACACUCAGAGUCUCCACGUUAAGUCUGUCCAACCAGCUGCUUUGAUUGUUGUUCAUCCUCUCACAAAACCAGGUGGUCCUGAAUCAAGUCUAAACAAUAAAACACUAAAUGACAAGAACACACCGCUGGCCAUGUCAGACACACGUUCAGGUGGACACCCACCAGGGCUCUUCGCUGAAAAGAUGGUGUCAGACCAGGAUGACUGCUAUUCUCUUAAUUGUAAUGUGAACACUCAAUGCACGCUGGAGGAGGGCAGAGCUGUUUGUCAGUGUGUGAGAGGCUUCAUCGCAGAUGGAGAGCUGUGUGUAGAUAUCGAUGAAUGCGCAGAAGGUCUGGUGGAGUGUAGCAGCUCUCAUUCUCAGUGUGUGAACACGGCAGGUGGAUAUUUCUGCCGGUGCAAAACAGGAUUCAGUGGAGAUGGUCACCAAUGUAUGGAGGAGGUUAAGGGCGCCUCCUCCUGGCCGAGUACAAGUAGUCCACUUGAUGUCACAUCACAAUGGCAACACAAUAACAGUGUGCAGAGCUGCCCAUCCACCCAUGACUCUUACUGUCUGUAUGAAGGGGUCUGCUUCUAUUUACCUGAGUUAGAGUCUUUCGCCUGCAGCUGUGCUUCAGGCUACAUGGGGGAACGCUGUCAGUUCAGUGAUCUUGAGUGGUGGGAACUGCAGCAGGCUGAACAGGAGAAGAAGAGGAACGCGUUUAUAGCUGUGUGUAUUGUGCUCCUUGUUACCCUGCUCUCCAUCGCUGCCUGUGUCACCUACUGCUAUGGGUCUAAAAAACGUUUUGGAGCUUAUCCUUCAGAAGAUGAUGUGGGUAACAUGAGCAUGAGUGAGGACAGUAUUACUGAAACAACAGCCAUUUCACAGAUCUUUGUAGUUUUGGACAGAAGAUCAUGUGAUGAUGAAAGGAUUCUUCAUGUUGUUGGGUGUCCAAGAAGAGCAUGCUCCUCUUGUUCCUCAAAAGCAGAAAUAAGUAUUGCUUCAGUGGAGUCUGGGAGAUUACAGAGAGACAAACAUGAUCUGGAUGCUGACAGCUGCUCUGUAUCCUGCAACGCAGACAUGUUGGUUAUGGAGAAGACCACUGAUAACCUAAUAUCUUUAGAAGACCCCCUGUCAACGGCCCACUGAUUCACCAAAAAGCCUUAUUAAAGGGAUAGUUCACCCAAAAAUUACAAUUCUGUCAUAUUGUAUCAUCCUCAUGUUGUUCUAACCUGGAUGAGUUUUGACAAAUGAUGAUAAUCACACAGUUGACUGUACUCAUUGACAUCCAUAUUAUUUGUUUUUCCUAAAAUGGUAGUCAAUAGGUAGUGUCAACUUUGUGACUACCAUCAUUUUUCAAAAUAUCUUCUUUUGUGUUCAUCAGAAUAAAGAGUGAGGGUGAUGACAGAAUUUUCAUUUUUGCGUGAACUAUCCCUUUAAGAGACUGGCAUGUGAACUACUAAUGUCGUUCAGUAUACAGUAGGAGUGCAUCUUGUUUUUCUUUGUGUUCCAGAAAAACAAGAUUCCAGGUAGCACCAGUUGUCAGCAGAUUUCAUGCAAAAAAAAUAGGUCAAGACUUGAUCUGCGUUAAUCUGUAAAAUCAGUGCACAUCCUAUGCAUUUAUGCAAUACAAAUAAGAGCUAUAGAAUGUAUUGAGAUCAUUUAAACUAACGGGGCCAUUUAAAGAGAGUUGUAUAUUCAGCUGUGUAUAUUCAGCUUGCUGUUUCUUUUAAUUCUAGAGCCAUAAGACAUGUAAGACAUAGUACUGUUAAGUUUGUUACCCAUUGUAUUGAGUAUUAACUCUGUAAAUAGUUUAAAAUGACACUUUUGCUUUGGAACAUAUUGUGUAGGAUUAUAUUAAACUUGAAAAUAUAAUAUUAGUUGAUUUUAAUAAAUAGUUUAACAUGUUUGAGCAGAUAAGGAGGGAGGAAAUCAUGCUUUAUGAGCAAACUGUUUUUUUUUUUUAAGAAAUUAUAAUUAAAAAACAUCCUAUGAUAAACUCACAAAAAAUCUCAUUGUAAUUAUAAAAAAUGAAAUGUUCGGAUUAUCAUAAUACAUGAAUCAGAAAAGAAUAUACUUUUUUUUUUUUACAAUAAUGUGACUAGAAAAUAACUACACUACACCUGUCUUACUCUUACAGCUCAUUUGGUAUUUUCAGUCAUAUUCUC